AUGGACCUCGAGAAUGACGGCGCCGCGGGCACCGGUGCCGUGUGGGCGGCCGUCUCCCCGCCGCAAAUCCCUCUCGUCGACGGAUUCAGCUUUCACCAAGCGCCGCUUCCGUGCGCAGCGGCUGGGUCCGCGGAAAAUAACGAAUGGGGCGGCGGGUUCAUGGGGGAAUGGGCGGGCGGAAAGCGCAGCGAGGAGGAGUGGGGUUUGGAGAAGGGGGGCGACAGUUGGGGCGCUAUGGGGGAAGAGGGAAUGAUCGUGGAAGGCGCUGCGGAAGCUCCGCCAACUCCGCUGAUCCAAGCCAUUGCGCGCAAGAACAUAUCCGCUUCUGCCGAAGUCUCUCCCAACAAAGGCGCCUCCGUUGCCACACGUUUCACGAACGGAUGGGAUCCGCUGCAUCUGAAUGUUCAGGAGAAUCUUCAGGAGAAGCCUAAGUGGCAAGUCGGCCAAGGCAACGACGGCUCCUGCCUCACAACUUCCCCCUCCGCCGCCACAUCCGCCGGCGGCGGUUGCGCUAGCCGCGGAAACCUCGGACGAGAGACCCCUUUCGCAGCAACCAGCGCUUGCGCCACUGGCGCAUCUUUUGGCCCCGCUGGCCUUGCGCCCGCAAUCCCCCUGCUGACUCUUCCGCCGUCCGCUUCCUUUACGGGCCCGCCGCCUUCCGCUGCUUCCCCGCACGGCACGGGCAUCCAAACCACGGAAUGUGGCGCCCACGUGCCAUCAGCGUGGUUCACUCCCUCUGCCACGUCAGCCACUAACGUGUCCCCUGCAUCGCUGAUGUCAGCACUGGGGUCGCUCCAGGGCAAGAUCGCCGCGCUGCAGCUGCUGAUUCCGCUGGUGGCGCAGAGCGGCCCCGCCCCCGCCGUGCGCGAGCAGCAGGAGGCGGCGGCGGUGGGCGUGGCGGCGGUGAUUCAGCAGGUGGCGCUCGCCGCCGUGGGGCUGCUUCCGCCGCGCCUGCAGGCGCAGCUUCUGCUGCCCGACAUCGCGGGGGUGUUGCGCGCGGAACAGAUGCGCGCGGAGAAGGAGCGGUCGGCGCUACAGCACGCGGAGCUGGGGAGCGCGGAUCAGUCCGCGGAGAAACAGCAGGACGAGGCGGAGGCGCAGGGGCAAGCGGAGGCGGAAGGGGGGCAGCAGCCACACAUGCAGGAGGCGAUGAUGAUGGCGCUGGCGCAAGCGCUGCAGCUGCAGGAGCAACAGCAGCAGCAGCAGCAGAAGCCACUAGCGCUUCCCACCGCUCCCUCUCCUCCGCCUCCUGCUGUCGCUAUGUUUGCACCCGAUGCCGCUUCUCCUUCAGCCGCGCCUCCGCCUGCUCCGCUUGCGCCUGCUGUCCCUCUUGCGGGGCCUACUGCCGCCCCUCCCCUUCCCCACCCUCCCCCUCCCCUCGCUUCUCCCGUUUCCGCUGCAGCAUCCGGGCCCGGCGCCAGCACGGGGGAAGCCGACGCUGAGGCAAGAGACGAGGGAAGGGACGAGGGAGAGCAGGGAAGAGCGGGAGGAAGCAAGAGAGGGAGGGAUGUUGAUGGUGAAAUGGGGACUGCGGCGGGGGAGGGGCCGCUGAAGCAAGCUAAGGUGGUGGAUGAUCAGGCAGCUGAUGCCUUUGGGGAAGACGAAGCACCAACCAUAACCCUUGAGACAGCAUCCCGGUCAGCAUCUGGCACAGCAUCAGAGGUUGCGCCAGGAGCAGCAUCGGCAGGAGAGUCCAUGGGAGAUGGCUGCACUGGCUCCAAGGCAGCAGCAGGGUCGGCAGACACCACCACUGCGAGCGACAGCGACGAGGAGGCAGCGGCAGCAAGCAGCGGCGGCAGGGCGGGGUGGGGAGCGGAAGGUGUGCGCAUGGGCGAGUGGAUGAUAGUGGAGCUGCGGGUGGCAGAGCUGACCAACGACCAGAUGCACUUCUGCGACGCCUGCGGCAAGGGCUUUAAGCGCGAGGCCAACCUGCGCAUGCACAUCAAGGCACACGGCCACAUGGCCCCCAUGCACCCAGCAGCGUCUCCUCCUUCCUUCUCCUCCUCCCCAUCGCCCCCCGUGGACCCGGCGCAAUGCCGCUUCAGCUGCCCUGUGGCGGGGUGCAAGCGGCACCGGGAGCACGUGGCCUUCCAGCCGCUCAAGACGGUGCUGUGUGUGCGCAACCACUACCGCCGCUCGCACUGCCCCAAGCUGCUCGCGUGCUCGCGCUGUGGCGGUGCCAAGCGCUUUGCAGUGCUGGCGGAUCUGCGCACGCAUGAGAAGCACUGCGGCCUCACCAGCUGGACCUGCUCCUGCGGCUCUCGAUUCAGCCGCAAGGACAAGCUGAUGGCUCACCUGGUCACCUUCAUCGGCCACUCCGCGGUCUCGCCUGGGAAUAACCGUGCCUGA